GUCAAUUUGGAUAUGCAAAAGUUCCCCGGACGUUGCAUCGCCUGAGACGACAAUCGCAAUCGUUUUCGGCACAAUCGUCUAGCAGCAGCAGCAGUAGCACUGCAACUGGUACGAAUGGACAACCAAUUACCCAAUUCCAACAGUCUUCAUCAUCGUACCAUAGCGGUGGACCAGCUGUUGGAGUCCCGAAUUUGGCCGACCGUUUCGGACCUGAAGAAAACGGAAAUAACCAGCAAAGCACUGGCUUUGUCAGUGGUCACAUUGCCUCUACAGGCGGAUUCAUUUAUCCAGGCGGCCAGACGCAACUUACACACAACUAUUACCAACAAAUUCCACCACAAUACCCAAACAAUAAUUACCAACAACAAAAGAACUAAACGAUAGAAUUCAUUUUUCCCCUUAAAAUAAUCUCAAUAAUGAAUCAUUGUUAAUUCCCAAACAAAGACAAGAAUUUUUUUUCAAUAAAAUUUCACUUUUUUCACUUUGAA